GAAUCAGUAAUCUAAAAAAUAAAAAAUAAAUAGAGUUUUUUGUUUUUUUUUAUGAUAUAAAAUAAAAUACACUGAGAUAGUGAUGAGAUGACUGAUGAGAAUCAACAUCAGCAUAUAUAAAGGCAGUAGUUUUCCCGCCAUCACAGUUCCGACGCAGUGAAGAAGAAGAAGAAAGAUGUUGUGGGUAGACAAAUAUCGUCCCAAAACCCUAGACAAUGUUAUGGUUCACAAUGAUACCGCUCUUAAUCUCAAGAAAUUGGUUUCGGAACAUGAUUGCCCCCAUUUGCUUUUCUAUGGUCCAUCAGGUUCUGGAAAGAAAACCCUAAUCAUGGCUCUUCUUCGCCAAAUGUUUGGACCCGGUGCUGAAAAGGUGAAGGUGGAAAAUAGGGCGUGGAAAGUGGAUGCUGGGAGUAGAUCUAUUGAUUUAGAGCUGACAACGUUAUCAAGUGCCAAUCAUAUUGAAAUGACUCCAAGCGAUGCAGGCUUUCAGGACAGAUACAUUGUUCAAGAAAUAAUCAAAGAAAUGGCUAAAAAUAGACCCAUUGAUACUAAAGGGAAGAAAGGAUUUAAAGUCCUAGUACUCAAUGAUGUGGACAAACUGUCUAGAGAAGCCCAACAUUCUCUCCGCAGAACAAUGGAGAAAUACAGUGCUUAUUGCAGAUUAAUUUUAUGUUGCAAUAGUUCUUCAAGAGUUACAGAAGCCAUCCGCUCUCGUUGUCUUAAUGUACGAAUAAAUGCACCAAGUGAAGAACAGAUUGUUGAAGUCUUGCAGUUCAUUGGUAAGAAAGAAGGGCUGAUACUUCCUUCUAGUUUUGCUGCUCGUAUAGCCGAGAAAUCAAAUCGGAAUUUGAGGAGGGCAAUAUUAUCAUUUGAGACUUGCCGUGUCCAACAGUAUCCUUUCACUGACAAGCAGACAAUUCCUCCAAUGGACUGGGAGGAAUAUAUUUCAGAAAUUGCAUCUGACAUAAUGAAGGAACAGAGCCCAAAAAGGUUGUUUCAAGUUCGAGGAAAGCUGUAUGAGCUUCUAAUCAAUUGCAUUCCUCCAGAGAUCAUUUUGAAGAGGCUACUAUAUGAGCUAUUGAGGAAACUGGACGCAGAACUAAAGCAUGAAGUCUGCCAUUGGGCAGCAUAUUAUGAACAUAGGAUGCGCCUUGGACAGAAGGCCAUUUUUCACAUCGAAGCUUUUGUGGCCAAGUUCAUGAGCGUCUAUAAAUCCUUCCUCAUUGCAACAUUUGGUUGAAGGAUGAUGGUUUGUUUAUCUAUGACAUUCAAGUUGUAUUAAUUCCUGGAUAUUUCAUACAUGGAGAGCUUCUUCUCAUGACAAGAUUAUGAUGGUUUUGGUUUGUUUGUAGAGAUCAUAUGCUUCAUUAAAUUGUGUACUUGGAAUUAUGUUGGAUUUUCUCACCCAAGUUUUCCAUGUGAUGGGAUUUCUUUUUUUAUUUAGAAAAAUGCUUGUUUAUUGUUAAUUAAAACAUUAAUGUUAUGUUUGGAUGGAA